AUGGAAGAGUUUCAAUUCAUUAAAUAUAAAGGUUUUGACCAUGUUUUCAAAUAUUCUGGUCCGUGGUUAUGGUGGUUGGUAGGAUUUUACCUUUGUCUUCCAGUGUUGGCUUACAUUUUAUUACCAUAUUUAACAUUGAGUGGCACUAUUUCAGGUAAAAGGAAGACCGUCUCUAUAUUUGUUUUGGGCGAUUUGGGACAUUCUCCAAGGAUGUGUUAUCAUGCAAGGUCGUUCUCCAGACUAGAUUACUAUGUUAACUUGUGUGGAUAUUUAGAAGAACAGCCACCAUUUGACAUUAUUGAUGACAUAAAUAUUGAUAUAUAUCCUAUUACUGUUACCAAAAAUACUACGAAUUUACCGUUUGUUUUGUUUGCUGCAAAGAAGAUGGUAGUUCAGUUUGUCCAAUUAUUGAAGUUAUUGCUGGAUUUUCGUGGUACAGACUAUAUUUUGAUUCAAAAUCCACCUUCAAUUCCAAUUCUUUUAAUUGUAUUGGCAUACAUAAAAGUAUUUAGUAGAAGAACGGAAUUAAUAAUUGAUUGGCAUAAUUUGAAUUACACUAUAUUGAACUUGAAGUUUCAGAAUUUAAAGCAUCCGUUGGUAAGAAUUUUAAAGAUCUAUGAAAGAGUUUUGGGGCAAUUUGCAGAUUAUAAUAUUACUGUUACUAAGCAAAUGAAAGAAUUUCUAAUAAAGGAGUUUAAUUUUACCAAGAAAAGGAUAAUUACCCUACAUGAUAGACCUGGAGAGCAAUUUAAGCCGUUGAAGGAGUUGUCCCUAACGAAGCAGGAUAUUUUAGAAUCUCAUGAUAUAUUUAAAGGUAUACAUAAUAUUUCUAAUUACAAAAUUUUGGUCAGUUCAACAUCAUUCACCCCUGAUGAAGACUUUAAUUUACUCUUGAAUGCACUAGACCAAUAUGAUAAAUCUUUGGUUGAAAGAAAAUUGCCGCCAAUUCUAAUCAUAAUUACGGGUAAGGGACCUUUAAAGAACCAAUUCUUGCAAAAGGUAAAGCAAUUGAACUUCCUGGAUAAUGUCAUUAUUAAAAAUGCAUGGCUUUCAUCAGAAGAUUACCCUUUGGUUUUAUCUGUAGCUGACCUAAGCAUUUCUCUACAUACAUCUUCUAGUGGUAUUGACUUGCCAAUGAAAAUUGUGGAUUUUUUUGGCUGUGGCAUUCCUGUUAUAACCUUAUAUUUUCCUGCCAUUGGAGAAUUAGUAAAACACGGAACGAAUGGAUUAAUUACUAAAUCAGAUAAGGAUUCGAGUGUAAAUGAAUCUCAGGAAAUUUAUAGAUUGUUAACCGAAGCAUUCACAAACGAAGACUUAUUAGAUAGAAUUAAACAAGGUGCAUUAAAAGAGAGCAAGCUCAGAUGGGAAGAGAAUUGGAAUGAUAAAUUAGGAAGGCUUUUUGAAUACGCGACUGAUUGA